CAUGUUGACAUCAAACCAAGUUGGUUUUGCAGCAAUGCUAAUGCAAUUUUGUUUCAAGAACGUCCACAGCUGCUUAGCAGCCCUGUUGGGAUGGAUUUUUAUGCUGGUAUCUGGCACGCAGGUGCAACAAACACCUGUCGGAAAGAUCAGUCGCCUGAAGACUCGCACCAAAGAGCAGAAAGAGGGCUCCAGCACUCAGCUGACUACUCCAAGCAGUGUAAACUACCACUUUACCCGGCAGUGCAAUUACAAAUGCGGAUUUUGCUUCCACACUGCAAAGACCUCUUUCGUCUUGCCCAUUGAAGAGGCAAAGCGAGGCUUACGACUUCUGAAAGAAGCAGGAAUGGAAAAAGUCAACUUUUCUGGUGGAGAGCCCUUCCUUCACGAGAGAGGUCAUUUUCUGGGAGAGCUGGUGCGAUAUUGCAAACAGGAGCUGCAGCUGCCGAGCGUCAGCAUCGUUAGCAAUGGCAGUCUAAUCAGAGAAACCUGGUUCCAGAAAUACGGUGACUACUUGGACAUCCUGGCAGUAUCUUGUGACAGUUUUAACGAGGACACCAAUAAAGUCAUAGGUCGAGGUCAGGGCAGAAAGAGUCAUCUGGACAAACUGCAUAAAGUUCGUGACUGGUGCCGAGACUAUAAGGUGGCUUUCAAAAUCAACUCCGUUAUUAACACCUACAAUGUGGAUGAAGAUAUGACCGAGCAGAUCACUGCUCUGAACCCAGUGCGCUGGAAGGUCUUCCAGUGUCUGAUAAUUGAAGGUGAAAACGCAGGGGAGAACAGUCUCCGCGAGGCAGAGAAAUUCAUCAUUAGCGAUCAGCAAUUCCAAGACUUCCUGGACCGCCACCAGAGCGUUAAGUGUCUAGUUCCAGAGUCUAAUCAAAAGAUGAGAGACUCUUACCUGAUUCUUGAUGAAUAUAUGCGCUUCUUGGAUUGUCGAGAGGGGAGGAAGGAUCCGUCAAAGUCCAUUCUGGAUGUUGGUGUGGAAGAGGCCAUCAAGUUUAGUGGUUUUGAUGAGAAGAUGUUCCUCAUAAGAGGGGGGAAAUAUAUGUGGAGCAAAGCAAACAUGAAACUGGAGUGGUGAACUGUUUUAAUAUUGCUGUUUUUAGCCUGUGUUUACAU